GUCACCCUGUUUGUCGUGGGUUGUCAAAUGUUUAAAAGUUGAGGUGUUUUAGAAAUAUUAAAGCGUUUUUAUAAUAAUUAAAAUGGUGCUCAUAGCAGCUACGGUCUGUACAAAAUCAGGGAAAGCCCUUGUUUCACGUCAAUUCGUCGAAAUGACGAAGGCACGUAUCGAAGGACUUUUGGCAGCAUUUCCGAAACUAAUGACUGGCGGUCGACAACAUACAUUUGUGGAAACCGAAUCAGUCAGAUAUGUAUACCAACCUUUGGACAAGCUCUACAUGUUGCUUAUAACAACUAAAGCCAGUAACAUUUUGGAGGAUUUAGAGACCCUGCGACUAUUUAGCAGAGUGGUGCCAGAAUACUGCGCUCAACUUACAGAGGCAGAUGUCUUAAAUCAAGCAUUCAAUCUGCUGUUUGCGUUUGAUGAAAUUGUAGCUCUUGGAUACAGGGAGAGUGUUAAUCUAGCUCAGGUACGAUCAUUCGUGGAGAUGGAUUCACAUGAGGAGAAGAUCUACCAAGCUGUAAGACAGACACAAGAGCGUGAAGCGGCCAACCGUAUGCGGGAACGCGCGAAGGAACUGCAAAGGGAGAGGUUGGAAGCUGCCAAGCGCGGUCAACCACCCCGUUCGUCGUCUGGAUUCGGAAGCGGAUUUGGCAGUUCUUCCAUGUCAUCAUCAGGUGCCUCUGAGCCCAUCACUGAGAAAAUUCCGACCACCCCUGUCCGGGAUACUCGUAGUACAACACGAUCGGCUAUGAAGCUCGGUUCCCGCGGUACGGACGCGGAGACAUUCGUGUCUCGGCUGAGGAGCGAAGGUGAUGCCGCAGCAUCUGUGACUGUACCAACUAAGAUUGAUAAGGCGCCCUCGACUACCAAUAAUAAGGACGUUCAUCUGCGAUUUGAAGAAAGAUUGAGUCUAACGGCGGGUCGGGAUGGAGACAUUCAGAGCUUCGAACUGUCUGGUUUAUUGACGCUGCGUAUAAGUAACGAACAAUUCGGUCGGAUUCGUGUCCACGUAGACAACAAAGAUACGAGACCAUUACAGUUGCAGACGCACCCGAACGUGGACAAGGAAGCGUUCCGCGCGGAAGGCGUGAUCCGCCUGAAGCAGGCGCAGCGGCCCUUCCCGCUGCACAGCGACGUGGGCGUGCUCAAGUGGCGCCUCGCGCACGCGCACGACGAGCGCGCCGCGCCGCUCUCCGUGAACUGCUGGCCGUCAGAGAGUGCGAACGGCGGAUGUGACGUCAACAUUGAAUAUGAACUGGAACAAGACCAUCUAGUGCUCUCCGAUGUCAACAUCAUAAUACCGCUGCCUACUGGCAACCCAUCAGUGGUGGUUCACCAAUGGGAAGGAAGUUACACACAGAAGGGACGUAGUAUCAUUUGGAAUAUUCCAGUGAUUAAUAGACAACAGAAAACUGGAACUUUGGAAUUUACCGUAACUCCGGCCAUCCCUAACGAUUUCUUCCCUCUUAACGUAUCAUGGACGUCAGAUACAUCCUUGGCCUUGCUCGCUGCCACGAAAGUAACCCAAGCGGAGGAUGGCUCAGCCGUUGAUUAUUCGCAAGAAAUAAGUUUCCAUGCAGAUAAAUAUGAAAUCGUUUGAAUUUCACAUUCAAUUAUAUGUAUAAUUAAUUAUUUCAAUAAUUAUAGUUUUAUUUUUUCAAAUAGCAACUUUAUUUAAGGCCUUCGACAAAUUUUGGUUACUCUUGUUAAUUUUUUAAUACAAAUAUAGGCCAGAUAUACAUACAUAUAAAGCACGUUCUAAGGUUGCGUUUACAUUAUUGUAUAUUUAUCUUGAGCAUAAGGUCAUAAUAAAUCUGAUAAUGGUGUAAGAGCCGUAAUCGUCGAAAACUAUAACAAUUAACAUAGGUAAAGUAUUUUAUAAUAUAAUGAUUAAAAUAAAUUAUACUAUGGCAACAUUUUGUUUCAAUUACUUUUCAAAUACAUACAUAAUAGUUUAGUUUAUACAAAGUUAAUACUACACUGGAGCUACAACGUGCAAAAUGCGACUUGUUAUAUAGAACUAACAUUACAUAAAAGCAGUAUGCCGCGGUCUAUGUUAUGCCGAGACAACAUUUUGCUAUAGAUUUGAAUUAAUGAAAUCUAAAUAUUUGUUUAAUUUUAGCAAAAUCGCAAAUGAAUUUUAUUACUACCAUUCUUCAUGCCGCAUUGUCGCAUCUUGUUGCACCAGCGUGAACGAGGCUUAAGUAUUCUGUAAAGUGGCAAUAAAAAAUAUAAAGAAAAUC